CCGACUAAGACGAAAUCAGGCUGCGCUAGCGUGGCGCUAAGGUUGCGCUCAGAUAUGGGCAUGACUAGGCUGAAUGGUGUCAGGCUCGGCUGCAAUAGCCGCCAUCUCGAUAGAGAUAGACUACAUCGCGCUGUCUUGCAUGGAACCUACAAGGAAACCCCUGAGUCUCACCAGUGUCGGUAUUUUUGGAUGUUCGUAAAGGUUGUAAUUGGACUCGGCCUCUACGCUGUGCCUCUUCCUUAUAAACUCUGGAAAGCCCGCCCUUGACCAAGCAUUCAUCAUUCUGAGCCUGCAGCUCUGUCUCUUUGCUAGAGUAUUCUUUGAAAUACUCAACUUUCCACGCUCAAUUUGAAGCAACAUACACUCCAUACCCUGCUAAACCAACUUCCUCUCCAUUACCAUGAGCAAUCCCCAUCUGAAAGCUCUACUGCUAAUGGCAGCAUUGACGCCUGUAAUGGCACUCCCGAGCGUCAUUCGCUCAAGGCAUGUCUCCCAUCUUGCGGAUUCAGCGUCAGCCAACACGGACGGGCUAGUGAGUAUGGCGCAACAGAGUCCGGAUGCAAUACCAAUACCCACCGCGACCUCAGCAAACGUUGAGCCGCAAGCCCAAGAUGAUGUAGCACAAGUUACAGCCUCUGAGCCUUCGGUUCCCGAUGAAACGCCUGCGGGCGAAGCCAAUGAACAAUCAGACAUCCCACCAGACAUUCAGACACUACCAACAGAUGAUCAGACACAACCACCGGAUGCUGCUCCAACAGAAGAAGGUGAACCAACCAAUGUCACUCCACCGGCUAAUGAGAACGUCCCUGCAUCCAGCAACAAUACUGCGGAAACCCAUCCCACUGGUCCUUCCACUCCAUCUCCUCCUGCUGUAUCAAUCCAUGGCAAUAGGACAGGCAUUUGGACUACGCACAACUGCUACAUGCCAGCAGUACAUGAAAUCUUUAUGGAACCUGCUCAAAGAUGGCUAGAGCUGGAUACCCCACGAGCCUUCCAAGAUGUGGUCGACACAUGGAAAAACUACGACAGACCCAAUAACAGAGACUUUUUAAAGUCUGUUGAAAAUACUAUCGCUGAUAUUGAAGGUCAAAAUUGUGGGCAUAUAUCGGAUCCUGGCUGUGCAGCCAUGAUCGAUUGUCAGCACCUCGAAAACCAACCAGGCACAGGGCCAGCUGGAUUUCUCAUUCACAACUCAUUUGUCAACAUUCACAAUAUUUAUGCGCGGUUUGCUAUCGAUCUUAUGGUAGCUACGGGGGUAGCAUUAACCGAUCUGGACGGUUUUGUGAACACCUUUGCACCACUACCACCCCCUAAUCUGGAUGAUCAAUGGCUAAAAUUUGUAUUUGAUAUGGUCAUAACAGCAACUACGGGAGGCUUCGGGAAAAUACUUGGCGGAGGCUUACUUGCUUCGGCUGGUUUUGCUAAGCUGGGCGAUGAUAACACAAAAGCUGGUGUAGAAACACUCAUGCGUGGUGUAUUUGACUUCAUCCGGGAUGCCCAAAACAAGCCAGCUAAGACGGUAUGGAACGCGCAGGGUCAGCAUGACUUCAAAACCAGCAUUAACACUGGAUUCCGCAAGUCGUGGGAGAUGGCCGCGACGUCUCUAGAAACACUCUUUGAUGGUACAGACGAGAGCGUUCAUCGCCUCGCCAAUCUGAUCGAUAAAGGCCAGAUGUUGCCUGGAGCUAAGACAAGCGACAGCAUUUCUAGCAAGUCUGAUAUGAAUCUGGCCAAACACUCGCUUACAACUAUGUUUGGUUUUGCAGUUCCUCAGGCGUGGCGGGUAUCUAGACACCACGUCUUUAUUCUCGAUCCUGGAACUAGUUGCUACAACAAGCAGCCUGCUGACACCUUCAUCACCACAGAUACGGACCAUAAAUCGCGCGUUUGCGUGGAUGGGAAACUCUACUUCGUGGUAAUGCCUCCAAAUGAGCCGAGCACGAAGGAGCGUGGAGGAGGCGGAGGGUGUAUGAAGUUUGACGCCUGUAUACCCACAAAGUCGGUACCAAAUCAAUUUGUUUCUCCUCCGGGAAUCGAGACACUGGAUGGCAAAAACGAUUUGAUUGGAAACAUCAACUUGGAGCAGAUAGUCCGAGGGUCUCUCAUCUCUUUCCGCGCCAAUAACAACAAGAACGGCAAGGUUCCGUUCAAGGCAGACGAUAUUGAUAAUGUCAUGAAGCUGGCUGAUAAUAAUCUGGAAAUGCCUGGCUUCUUCAACCUGCCAAUCUGCUCUGGCCGGGUCGCCCACGAUAAUUGGGGAAGGGUGACCUCAAGGAUCCAAACUUUCCUUGCUAGGCAGAUGGCACAGGUAGGUAGUGCCCCUGUCAACUAACAGUGUUGUCGUUCCCUGUAUUUUAGUUAUUGAAGAGGUGUGCUAGGCACAGAUGAAUUUUGGUGGACCGUUUUGUCAUUUGCUCAUGAUAUUAACUACAAAAUAUGUACAUUGUUAUCAACCUCCAUGUUGCUUACUUUCUUUAUAUCUCUUUUCGUCUAUAAUUGUAUUACAUUCUGAAGACUCCGUACUUGGUGUCGCCAGCCUUGACAGCAUUUCUGCCAGUCAUGGCAGCAUUCAGACCAAGACCGAGGUAAUGUCUGGUGUGCUGGGGAGGAAUGAUACCAUCGUCCUAUAGGUUUUGAUUAGCUUUGUUAAUAUAAUAUGUAGAGGAGCAAAUGACUUACCCAAAGUCUAGCAGAUGAGAAGGUGGCAUCGCUCUCGCGGUCAAUACGAGCCUUCAGCUCAGGAUCGGCCUUUUGGCCAACAGUCUCCAUGACAGAAGCAAGCUGUUCACCACCCAUGACACCAAUCUUCGCAUUGGGCCACAUCCAGAGGAAGCGUGGGCUGUAAGCUCUGCCACACAUGCCGUAGUUUCCGGCACCGUAGCUGCCGCCAACAACGACAGUGAACUUGGGCACGUCGGCACAGGCGACGGCGGUAACAAGUUUAGCGCCAUGCUUGGCAAUACCGUCGCGCUCCGAGGCGGAACCGACCAUGAAACCGGAAAUAUUCUGCAGGAACACCAGGGGGAUGCCGCGCUGGGUGCAGAGCUCGACAAAGUGGGCGCCCUUGACGGAGGACGAAGCGAACAAGAUGCCGUCGUUGGCGACAAUGCCAACCUUAUGUCCGUAGAUGGAGGCGAAACCGGUGACUAGAGUAGUGCCAAAGUCGCGCUUAAACUCGGAGAACUCGGAUCCGUCAACAAUGCGAGAGAUGAUUUCACGGAUGGGCAUGGGCUUGCGGAGGUUGGUCGUGGCAAUGCCAGUGAGCUCUUCGGGGUUAUGGAUAGGCUCGGCGUAGGGGACGACGGCAGCUUGCGUGGCAGGGUCCUUGGCCGGCCAGUUGAGGUUGCUCACACAGCGGCGGGCGAGGGUGAUGGCGUGGGCAUCGUCGACGGCGAGGUAGUCGGUGACACCAGAUACAGAGGAGUGCAUCUUGCCGCCACCAAGGUCUUCAUGGCUGACAAUUUCGCCAGUAGCAGCCUUGACGAGAGGAGGACCAGCGAGGAAAAUGUGGCCUUGCUCCUGGACGAUGAUGGACUCGUCGCUCAUGGCGGGAACGUAGGCACCACCGGCUGUGCAGGGGCCCAUGACGACAGAAAUUUGAGGAAUGCCCUUGGCAGACAUGCGAGCCUGGUUGUAGAAAAUGCGGCCGAAAUGGUUUUGGUCGGGAAAGACGUCGGCCUGGUGAGGGAGGUUGGCGCCACCGCUGUCAACCAUGUAGAUA